UUUUGUGAUUAUGCAAGGAUGAUUUGAGAAGGAAUGUUUUUAGCGGCUAUAGAACGUCAUAUUUUCCCACAGGCCUGUUCGUCACUAUGAACAAUGGCGGAUAAAUGUACUUAGAAUCUAAAGACAUCUACAAAUAUUAUAAUUUAUCGUAUUUAAAAGAAUAGUUGAGAAAAAGAAAACCGCAAGAUGAAGCCUGGGAGGCCCAGAAGCAAGAUACAGGUUGACGAGACGGAUGAAGUCAAACAAUUUUUUCGGAGGGACACAGCUUUCCGUUCAAGUUCCAAUCUCGACAUGUCUCUACGACGGCAGACGCAAAGGUACGACCCGUACGCGUUCAUCGACCAAAUGGCGACCCCCUUCGAGGUGCCCCUGGAUGCGGCCAAGAAAGGACAGAAACGUAACGGUGACAAUGGUGGACUCGCCGACCAACGACCCAUGCCUCACUGCAAAGCCUGUACAGAUUUCAAGACCUGGAUGCAACUCACAGCCCAUCCGAGACGAAACAUGAGCCGAGAGGAAAGAGAAAGGAAAGAAUGCCCUCUGGACUCGGAGCUUCUGGGUCGCAACACGUGGGCGUUCCUGCACACUAUGGCCGCCUACUAUCCCGAGCAGCCUUCCGCGGAGCAACAGUCGAACAUGACACAGUUCAUCAGCCUCUUCUCCCAGUUCUACCCCUGCCAUAAGUGUGCCUCCCACCUCCGAGAAGAUCUGAAGACAAACAUCCCAGAUGUGCGCAGUAAUACAAAACUGUCCCAGUGGUUCUGUGAGCUUCACAAUUCAGUGAAUGUCAGGCUGGGGAAAGUGGAGUUUGAUUGUUCAAAGGUGCUGGAGCGCUGGCGAGACGGCUGGGAGGACAAGAGUUGUGACUGACACUUCCUGCUCCCCGUGAACUCUCGAUGGAUAGCGGCGGACAGCCCCGCGGGGAUGGAUAGCCCUGUGUCGUGAUGGAUAGCCCCGUGUUGUGAUGGAUAGCCCCGUGUCGACUUGUUUAACAAGCACCCAGUUGUCUUUGACCCACGUAUUGUAUUUGUUUUGGGGUUUGUUGGUUUGGUUUUUUGGGGGGAGUAGGGGGAAGGGGGGGGUCCCUUGUUUCCCUGAGAGAUUGACAUGCAUUGAUUGUGUUUAUGAUGACUCGUGAUAUGGCUGCAAUUUUUUUGCCGUGCAAGGCAGAUACAGUGUGAAAAGAAUGUGAUUGAAUGUGUGAACAGCCUUUUUUAUUGUUUUCCUUUUUUUGUGUUUUUUUUGGUCUGAGAAUGCUCCUGACUGCCCAUUAUCCCAGGACUUUAGUUUUGAGAAGAGAUUCAGGUGUCUGGUGGAUGUGUUGAAUGAUACUGCUUGUGUGUUCUUGCAAUAUCUGUGAUGACGUUUAUGAAGAAUAUAUAAUGAUUCUGACCUGA